AUGUCUUCCACAGAACAUUCCUCCACCCCCACGUGGACACCGGGAGACUUCGAGCACCCGAACCAGGAAUUUCGCCGGUCAAUGAUUAUUGCACUGGUGUUUGCGUACACCUUGUCGACUUUAUCCGUUGCCUUAAGGAUCCUGGCGAGGAAGGCGACUGGAAGCAGGCUGUUUAUGGAUGACUAUUUGAUUAUGGUUGCUCUGUUCUUUAAAUAUGCAUGCUCCAGCGGAGUCGUUGUUCUCCUGUACAAUGGGAUGGGGUCCCAUAUCACAAUGAUCCCGGCGAAAAAUCUCCUGGUUUACUUCCAACUCGGAUUCGCCAACGCCUUCAUCUACACCGGUUGUAUCGCCUUCAUUAAAUUCUCCAUUCUGGCACUGUACAAACGCCUCUUUGCAGUCCGACACAUGGCAAUUGCCGUGAACAUCAUGUUUGGAUUCGUUGGUCUCUGGGUCGUGGGUGUUUACGUUGCCGGUGCUCUUCUUUGCAUUCCCACCAAGAAGUUCUGGGAUCAGUCCGUUGAAGGAGCCUGCCUUGACCCCGCCAAAUUCUACUAUGGCAUGCAGAUUCCCAACAUCCUCACCGACAUCGUUCUCUUGAUCAUGCCUAUGAGAGUCGUUUGGACAUUGCCAAUUCCCAAGUCCCAGAAAGCGCUUCUCUCUGGAGUUUUCCUCGUCGGUGGCCUAACCUUGCUCUUUAGCUGUUUCCGCCUCAAUGCCAUGAUUCGACUGGUCGAUCUAGGUCCUGAUAUUACCUACAACCAAGUCCCCGUUAUCGUAUGGACGUGUAUGGAAGCAGCAGUUGGAAUCACAGCCGCUUGUCUCCCUAACCUCCGUCCUCUGUUCAAAUUGGGUCGUCACAACUUCUGGUCCCAAAUCCGUUCCUCCAACUCCUCCAACAACAUAUCCGAACGGACUCUUGUCAGCUCGAGCACUGCUGGAGGUACUGUCACUUCCACUAUCACUUCCAACCAUAAGAAAAGUGGGUCCUUUGUCGUUCGGCAAACUUUUGAGAUGCCUCCAUAUGAAGACUUGAAAGAUGAGAAGGCGGUGGAGAGAGUCUAA